AUGGGAGAGUUCACUACUCUCCCCGCCCCUAUUCUCCCCGCCUCAAUUCUCCCCAUCCCUACUCUCCCCGUUCCUACUCUUCCCGUCCCUCUUCGCCCGUUCCUACUUUCCCCGUCCCUACUCUCCCCUUCCCUCCUCUUCUCCCCUCCCUACUCUCCCGUCCCUAUUCUCCCCGUUCCUACUCUCCCCCUCAACUCUCCCGGUCCCUACUCUCCCCGUCCCUACUCUCCCCGUUCCUACGCUCUCUGUCCCUACUUUCAAAGUCCUUAUUCUCCGCAUCCUUACUCUCUCCAUCCCUACUCUCCCCGUCCCUAUUCUCUUCUUCCUGUCUCUACUCUCCCGCUCCCUAUUCUCCCCGUCCCUACUCUCCCCGUCCCUACACUUCCCGUCCCUACACUUCCCGUCCCUACACUCCCCGUCCCUACACUCCCCGUCCCUAAGCUCUCUGUCCCUACGCUCUCUAUCCCUACUUUCCCGGUACUUAUUCUCCGCAUCCCUACUCUCUCCGUCCCUACUCUCCCCGGCCCAAUUCUCCCCGUCCCUACUCUACCAGUCCCUAUUCUCCCCGUCCCUACUCUACCAGUCCCUAUUCUCCCCGUCCCUACUCUCCUCCCCCUGUGCCUACUCUUCCCGUCCCUAUUCUCUUCUUCCCGUCUCAACUCUCCCCGCCCCUAUUCUCUUCUUCCUGUCUCUACUCUCCCGCUCCCUAUUCUCCCCGUCCCUACUCUCCCCGUCCCUACACUCCCCGUCCCUACUCUCUCCGUCCCUACUCUCCCCGGCCCAAUUCUUCCCGUCCCUACUCUACCCGUCCCUAUUCUCCCUGUCCCUACGCUCUCUGUCCCUACUUUUACUGCCCCUAUUCUCCUCAUCCCUACUCUCCCCGUCCCUACUUUCGUCGUGCAUACUUCCAUCGUCCCUUAUUCCGCCUUCCUAUUUCCCGUCCCUAUUUCCGCCUGCCUAUUUCCCGUCCCUGAUUCCGCCUGCCUAUUUUCUCGUCCCUAUUUUCCGCCUGCCUAUUUCUCGUCCCUAUUUUCCGCCUGCCUAUUUCUCGUCCCUAUUUUCCGCCUGCCUAUUUCUCGUACCUAUUUUCCGCCUGCCUAUUUCCCGUAUCAUCGCGCAUCACUCCGUGCCACCGCAGUCCCGCGCAUCCCUCCGCCAGUGGUGGCGGCCGCCAACGGUGCUCGCGCGUGA